ACUGAAAUACCGGCGCCUUCCCACAGGAUUCAGCAUCCCUGGCUUCCCAGGCAGCAGCCGCGGGUCCCCAGCGGAGCAUCUGCCCACAAACAUGGCUGCGCCCAGCUCAGCUUCUCCUCGCCGGGACCCGCCGGCCGGGCCGGCCUUGCCAGUACUCGGGGACUUCCUCCGGGAGCCCGCUUCCUGCACCGCUGGCAUUUAAACCGGCGCCUGGGGCUGCGGACGCCGAGCUGACCGCGGGCUGGAGCGCCGCCGCUUCCCCCCCCCAGCGACUGGGCUGGGCAGGAGCGCAGCCGAAGCAUCCCCUAGCUGCGCCCGUGUCCGAGCAGGAGCGGUCUGGGGGGAGACCCCGGACCCCGGCAUCUGGCAGUUCAAUUACAGGUUUGACUUUAAUAUCCAAGAUCGCGACCCUCCCGCCCAGCCCCGAUCUUUCUUCUCUCCCUCCCGCCCUCCGGCCUUGGUCGCUGGAUGAAGCUGGCGCUGGGCUUGGUCCCAGGAGCUUGGAAAGAGCGCGUUCUCCGCCCCGCGGCGUUGCUCCGGGGACCUCCGAGCCGCGCGCCCCGGUCAUGGUGAGGCUGAGCCCCGCGCUCGGGUGAGGCGGCGGCGCGGUUCCGAGCCCAGCGGGCCCGCCCUGCGAGGCGUUUUCCCCCGAGGAGCCAAGGGCACCGGACGCGGGGCUCCGCGCCCUCCCGCUGGGCUGCGCGCAGGGGGUGAGCAGCCGCCGCGAUGUUCAGCUGGCUGGGUACCGACGACCGCCGGAGGAAGGACCCCGAGGUCUUCCAGACGGUGAGCGAGGGGCUUAAGAAACUCUACAAGAGCAAGCUGCUGCCCCUGGAAGAGCAUUACCGCUUCCACGAGUUUCACUCGCCCGCCCUGGAGGAUGCCGAUUUUGACAACAAGCCCAUGGUCUUACUGGUGGGCCAGUACUCCACUGGGAAGACCACUUUCAUCAGGUACCUGCUGGAACAGGAUUUUCCAGGCAUGAGGAUUGGGCCCGAGCCGACCACCGACUCCUUCAUUGCAGUGAUGCAGGGUGAGGUGGAGGGGGUCAUCCCUGGGAACGCUCUGGUGGUGGAUCCUAAGAAACCCUUCCGGAAACUCAACGCCUUUGGCAAUGCCUUCUUGAACAGGUUCGUGUGUGCCCAGCUGCCCAACCCCGUGCUGGAGAGCAUCAGCAUCAUCGACACGCCGGGCAUCCUCUCUGGGGAAAAGCAGAGGAUCAGCCGAGGGUAUGACUUUGCUGCUGUCCUUGAGUGGUUCGCCGAGCGGGUUGACCGCAUCAUCCUGCUCUUUGACGCCCACAAGCUGGACAUCUCUGAUGAGUUCUCAGAAGUCAUCAAGGCCCUCAAGAACCACGAGGACAAGAUGCGGGUGGUGCUGAACAAAGCCGACCAGAUCGAGACACAGCAGCUGAUGCGGGUGUACGGGGCUCUCAUGUGGUCCCUGGGGAAGAUAGUGAACACCCCGGAGGUGAUCCGGGUCUACAUCGGCUCCUUCUGGUCCCACCCCCUUCUCAUCCCUGACAACCGGAAGCUCUUUGAGGCCGAGGAGCAGGACCUGUUCAAGGACAUUCAGAGUCUGCCCCGAAACGCUGCCCUGCGCAAGCUCAAUGACCUCAUCAAGAGAGCCAGGCUGGCCAAGGUCCAUGCCUACAUCAUCAGCUGUCUGAAGAAGGAGAUGCCCUCCAUGUUCGGGAAGGACAACAAGAAGAAGGAGCUGGUGAACAACCUGGCUGAGAUUUACGGCCGGAUCGAGAGGGAACACCAGAUCUCGCCUGGGGACUUUCCCAACCUGAAGAGGAUGCAGGACCAGCUGCAGGCCCAGGACUUUAGCAAAUUCCAGCCCCUGAAAAGCAAGCUGCUGGAGGUGGUGGAUGACAUGCUGGCCCAUGACAUUGCCCAGCUCAUGGUGCUGGUGCGCCAGGAGGAGUCGCAGCGGCCCGCCCCGAUGGUGAAAGGUGGCGCAUUCGAGGGCACCCUGCAUGGCCCCUUCGGGCACGGCUACGGGGAAGGGGCUGGGGAGGGCAUCGGUGAUGCUGAGUGGAUCGUGGCCAGGGACAAGCCCAUGUACGACGAGAUCUUCUAUACCCUGUCACCGGUGGACGGCAAGAUCACGGGUGCCAAUGCCAAAAAGGAGAUGUUGCGCUCCAAGCUGCCCAACAGCAUGCUGGGCAAGAUCUGGAAGCUGGCGGACAUCGACAAGGAUGGCAUGCUGGAUGACGAGGAGUUCGCACUGGCCAACCACCUCAUCAAGGUCAAGCUGGAGGGACAUGAGCUGCCCAACGAGCUGCCCGCCCACCUCCUGCCACCAUCCAAGAGGAAAGUUGCCGAGUGAUGGGAGGAGGAGGUUCAGAGCAGGCAGGUGUUACAGGAGAUGGGAGAGGCGGACACACACACACACACACACACACACACACACGCUCACGGGCACAGAUCUGGAGAACCGCACAGCAGGUGAGAGGGAUCAGCCAUCCUCAGGU